AUGGAGGCUCUUUUGCGCCAGUCGAGGACCAUGUGCCCGUUCCUCUCCAAGACGUCCCCCGCCACCCUCCGGUCGCUCUCCACGACUGCCGCUGGUCAUGAUGUUUCUCCAGGAGCCGGAAGCAUGUCAAACCUACAAGUGCUCGGUCGUCGCUGCCCGAUUAUGGGCAAGGCACUUACUGUUCAGAGUGCUCGUAGCGGCAACAGCGCGCUCGCGGGAGCUUUCGGCGGCGCUCGUGCUUACCACUCCCGUGUCAAUCGCGCCAAGUUGCAUACUUCUGCGCCCAAGGAAGCCCAAACCGUGGAAAUAAAGAAUUUGAGAGCUCAGCAGGGCGCAGUAACAUUUCCUCCUCCUGCCCAGCAGCCGGCAGCCACCAAACCCGCCCACGUUGCAACCCCGGCUCCGUCGCAAGGCAAGACUUUCGACUAUGAAGGUUUCUACCACAAUGAGCUGGACAAGAAGCACAAAGACAAGUCCUACCGCUACUUCAACAACAUCAAUCGCAUGGCGAAGGAGUUCCCUCGUGCCCACUUGGCCUCUAAGGAGGACAUGGUCACUGUGUGGUGCUCCAACGACUAUCUUGGAAUGGGUCGCAACCCACACGUCCUCAAGAGCAUGCAUGAAACGCUCGACAACUAUGGAGCCGGUGCGGGAGGAACAAGGAACAUCUCCGGACACAAUCAGCAUGCUGUAGCGCUCGAAGAUACCAUUGCGAAACUCCAUUCCAAAGAAGCGGCGUUGGUAUUCUCUUCGUGCUAUGUUGCAAAUGACGCUACUCUUGCAACUUUGGGAAGUAAAUUGCCUAAUUGUGUCAUUCUCUCGGAUAGCUUGAAUCACGCUUCGAUGAUUCAGGGUAUCCGUCACUCGGGCGCCACAAAGAUGGUUUUCAAGCACAACGAUGUGGCGGAUCUUGAGGCCAAGCUCCAAUCAAUUCCUGCCGAGUAUCCGAAGAUUAUUGCGUUUGAGAGUGUCUAUAGCAUGUGCGGUUCCAUCGGCCCUAUUGAGGAGAUCUGUGACCUGGCAGAGAAGUACGGCGCAAUCACCUUUCUCGAUGAAGUCCAUGCUGUAGGCAUGUACGGACCACACGGUGCUGGUGUUGCUGAGCAUCUCGAUUACGACGCCCACAAGGCUGGCCGCCCCCAGGGCACCGUCCAAGACCGCAUCGAUAUCAUCACUGGCACACUCGGAAAGGCCUACGGCUGUGUUGGCGGCUACAUUGCUGGUUCUAACAAACUUGUCGACACUAUCCGAUCACUUGCUCCUGGUUUCAUUUUCACAACUUCGCUUCCGCCAGCCACCAUGGCCGGCGCCAAGGCUGCGAUUGAGUACCAGGUCAACUACCAGGGCGAUAGGCGCCUGCAGCAGUUGCACACCCGCGCUGUCAAAGAUGCUUUGGAAGCCAAGGAUAUUCCCAUCAUCCCUAACCCCAGCCAUAUCAUCCCGGUACUUGUAGGAAACGCCGAGGUUGCGAAGAAGGCUUCUGAUCUGCUGCUCGAGGACUGGGGGAUCUAUGUGCAGCCGAUAAACUACCCAACAGUCCCGGUGGGUCAAGAACGAUUGCGGAUUACUCCCACGCCAGGCCAUACCCGCGAAUUCCGCGAGCACCUGAUUGAAGCGCUUGAUAGUGUCUGGAACCAGCUGGGUAUUAAGCGAACCAGCGAGUGGGCUGCUGAGGGAGGCUUCAUUGGUGUAGGAGUCAAGGGUAAGGAGUCAGAAGCUCCCCUCUGGACGGACGCGCAACUCGAAGUAGACAACGUACUCAAGGAGCUGGAGGCCGGACAGGGAGCCACUGGUGUGCUUGAGGCCGUUCUGGAGAAUGAGCGAAAGGCUACUGCGCAAGCUGUGGCUGCUGCCGCGUAA